AGAACUACAAGGUAUAUAAUCCUGUCGUCGUAAAUUUAAUAAAAGCGCAUGUGUGGUAUACCCGGUUGCAGAGUUGCUAGAACCAAUCAGAGCCAAUAUGCGCGGAAUGAAUGAAAAUUCGACAUAUGAGAAGUUCCAUUAUCUGUGAAACGAGAACUCAUAUGGAGAAAUUUGACAGAACAUUCUUGUACCUAACCUCAAAAUAAAAAAUUGAUCUCGAUUCGCGCGUCACCUAGCGGAACCUAGAGUAGACAGUCUCACGCUUUCGGAUCGAGAACGAACGUCGCAUAUUUAUGUGUUUUGAACAACAAACAAGUAAACGUUUUACAGUGUUAUACCGUUAAUAUCCGCCGAAUUUCGUAGCGGACGUGUCGAACAAAAUGCGCGAGAAAAUUAUGUCUCGUAACAUCGUAUAAUCAUGUUAUAUCCAGACCGGUGUCCAAGAACCGAAAUAAUGCGAGUUUAACGGAUUAAAGGUGGAAAAGUAUGAAACAUUAAACAUGUCUCAUGGCUGGAGGCAGGGGCAACAACAAGCAAAGUGGAAAUUUAGACAGAAUACAUCAAUGGCUUUAUUGCCAUCAGCUUUAUACUUCUGUCAAGCUUGAACUUCCUUCAAGCGAAAUAUUUAAAAAACAUCAACGCAAAGAAAAGAAUCGGAUUGUUACAAACAGUCUUAGAAAUCUACAAGAUAACAUUUUGAGCAUAUUUACGGAUUCUUUGUAUUGUGAUUUUAACAUAAUAUAUGGACAUAAUAUCAUACGAACAAACCAGUGUAUUAUUAAAACAAGAGCUCCACAUUUUUACAAGGUUCUCAAGCCUUAUUUUAUGCACAUUAACAAUCAUAUUGAUUGCAUCCUUGAUAAACUGGAAAUUUUUCAUCAUAUAGAAGGCUUUGUGAGGCUUCUAUAUAGCAAUUCAAAUUUAUUGAAUGAAGAACAAUUAUUGGUAAAACACAUUCUGAGUGCUUCAAAGUUUGUGAAUUCAUCCUCUACUAACAAAAUAUCAGAUGUUAAUAAAAGAUAUGUGGAUUAUACAUCAGCAAAUUGUCCCUUAACAAGCAUUGAAAGUGCAAGAAAUGUAAGAGAAUAUGCUCCAGUGGAUGUAAGUCCCACUUUGUCCGAUAUGGCUGAUUCUGGUUUAGAAACUGGUUCUGUAAGUCCACAUGAAAAUACUACAUCUGAGAAUUCGAGCACCGACUUUGAAGAAUUGCAAGUCACAGAGUAUGCUUCAACAAAUGACAAUACAGACAAAAUACGGGCUAGACGUGGAAACCAUAAAGAUCACAAAGUAGUUAUAGACAAUGAGCAUUACAAUUCAACUAAUUAUAACAGCGCAUGUCAUUUGAAGGACUUGGUAGAGUCAGGGUUGAUGGAAUGUGCUUCAAAUGAUCAUAGUGCAACAUGCUCUUCUGUCGAUGCAGAACAGCCUCAAUUAGACUCUUCUAGUUCAUCCACAGACAACGCUCAAAAACCCAAAACUCAUACAGAUGAAAUUUUUCAAUAUGAAAACCAAGUACUUAGCGAUCCAUUUUAUGAAUCAGACUGUGGCAGCGAUGAAAACGAAUCAUUUGAAUUUAUUGAUCUUGGUAAUGCAUCAUCAGUAAGUACUGAUGUAGAAAGAGCAUCUGCAAAGGAAGAUUCGGUUGAAAAGUUACAAGAUGGAAAUUUGUGUCAAUCUAAUUAUUCCCAAUCUGACACUACACAGUCAGGAAGCAUAAAACAUGAAGUUUCUCAUGAUGUACCCAAACAAAAAAGUUCCUGUAACACAAGCAAUUAUUAUUUCAUUGAUGCAUCAACGCUUAACGACGAAGUAGAGGUUCCAGCUUCAAACGUAGUUAAAAAUCAUUGUUUCGACGACAAACCACAAUCAUACUCUCCCUAUACCUUCAAGUACCUUUCAAGUAAGUCCAACGACUUCGCUGAAGAACAAUGUUACAAAUUCACUCCGCUCAAAGCAACUAAUUUACAAAGUGGACACGAAAGAGUGGCAGAAUUCCAGAGAGAGUUGAAACUUACAGAGUACCUAGAACCGCUUACUGACACUCAGAAAGUAAGAAGAACUGAUUCGAUUUCCGAAGAUAAGAUAAAUUCCAAUACAGCAACAAACAAAGAAUCAUUAGCAGUAGAAAUUAAGGAAGCAGACAGCGGUGAAAGUGCGCAUCCUUCUCCCUGCCCCGACAAUAAUACAAAUAUAAACAAUGACAGGCACGUUACAUCACGAAUAAAUAACACUAGUGACUCCGUCACCGCAUACACUAAGAAAGAAACGAACGAUCAAACUAACGAUAAAGACGUCGACUCAACGGAAGAUACCCGACGACCUUCUCUCAUUAGAAGGAACACGUUCGAGCUGGACUCGAAUGACGAGAAACUGUCGGUGUUACGACAGGAAUACGAACGACGGCAGGGCAAUCUCGUGUUCCAGAAUGCUAUACCUCAGUAUUCGGGGCACCGGGUUGACGGCGAUUCGUGUUUUAACCCUCCAGACGAACCUCCGAUUCCGAUCAACCCUGUACUAAACAAGUUCACCAUGGAUGCUCAAAUACCAAGCGACACUCCAUACCACAAGAUACCGUACCUAUCCCUGGACAACGCAAAAUAUGAAAGCAAUCACACGUCGUCAGAAACCGAUACUUUCUCGCAGAGUAACAUUUAUCCGGUAACAAAGAGCGCCAGCGAUGAAAUAGUCACGGAUUACCAUACGGAGUUGGACAACGAUUCGAGCAACUGUAGCAACAGUUUACCCGUUACCUUAAGCUGCAUCUUAGAGAAGGAUAGUAGGACUGACACGAUAAAGAAGACUAAGUGCGACGAGACUACGCCUAUUAUUUCCGGAGGUGUCAGCACAUCGGACUAUUCUAAGCCUACCGAUAGUCCCACUGUGCGACGGAAAACGGAAUCCACUCCUAUCGUUUCUGGAGGUUCCGUUAUCAUGAACGAACCUGACCUUAGAAUAAAACCUGCGAGAAUGUCUUCUUCCAUGACCGCGUGGGUGGUUGAUAUGAGCGACUGUAAUAAAAACGACCCCAAGCCAAGCAACGCUCACGGAAUGUCUCAGAGUUUCUCGAGUUCCGAAUGCGUGAAGAAACCGGCGAGGAAGAUCAGCAAUCAUGAAAAGCACGGGAGUCUAGGUUUCUUUGUCAAUUUGAAGGACAUGGACAGCAAGCCUGCCACGCAGCAGAAUCACCCGACGGACAAAAAGGAACAGAAUGGGUGCAGUAAAUCGUACUGCGAAUUCUACGUCGACAUGUCCGGCGCGAACAAUUCACCGAAGCCGAAGAAAGAGGAGGUGGAAGAAGUCAAAUGCGAAAAACCUGCCGAGGGAAACGACAAAAAGAAUAUUUUCUCUAUGUUCAUCGAUCUGAGCGAUCCGCCAAAGAACAGUGAAAACGCUGCGCAGCCUUCGCACAGGAGGAGUUUCUCCGCGUUCUCCGACAAACAGAUAGAAAUAAAAUCGGAUGACACUAAUUCCGGUAAAAAUAGUAUCACCACGAGGGAAGAUCAAUUGUCGAGCGAACAAAAGUGUGUCAGAGAGAAAGCUAAACCGAGUGUCUUUAUGUACAUAGAGUCUGAUUCUCCAGUGGUGAGAAGAAGAACUCUGUCCACGUCUCGGCCGGCGUUCAAACGGCAUUCUUGGAACGUGGACAAGACGCAGAAUGUUAACAACAACGGGCAGAUCGCGAAGGAACUGAUGUUUAGGAAAGAGCACAAGCGUGCUCAUAGUCUUUCCGUGGAUCGAGGAGACUUGAAGAAAUUACAAGGGAAGCCUAAUUCCAGUCACUCGUUGAGCGACACAGCGAAGCCAGAGUCCCUUACGCAGAAGAAGUUCCUUCAGGACGGUAAUGGCGCAUCUAACAUGGACACGUCUUCCGAAGAUUGCUUUGAGUAUGAUGUCAGAGAUACGCCUCCAAAUUCCCACGUUGAAAUAAUCAACGAAGAACUGAGAGUUAGUAUAAAGGAACACGAGUACACCGAACUGAAAACUGAACGGAUCGAGAGUCUUAACAUCGCCGACGUUAAGUACGAGGACGAAUAUUCGGAGACUUCCGCAUGGGAAAAGACUUGUACAGAAAGUACCGAAGGACAAACGCGGAAGAGUGAGACGUUUGACAUCAGCAGCGGCAGUGGUCCAUCCCCCGAUAGCGAUAAUCAUGAUUACGAAUUGUCUGAGUUGUUGAACGGAGAAGUGCCAAAUAUGGAUCGAUCUCAAGUAGUUCCUGCUAUAGGUAGUAAAAUAUCGGAAACGCAUAAAUCUUUGAACGAGACGAUUAAAAAGAUCGAGAGCGAAUUGAAGAAUCCGGAUUAUGUUCAAACGGAAACAACGUACGACCACAAUGCGGCGUCGAAGAAGAGCGACAGGGUUAUGUCGCAUAGUCUGAAAACAACAACCUCAAACUUUGUUCGAUUGUCUGAUUUAGAUAAGACACCCGUAGUAUCACAUAGCACUGAUAUUUUGUGCGUGAAGGAAGAUAGGAGCACCUAUCGGGUGCGCAACAAUAUUCCGGAGACUUCUUGGAUUGAAAAUAAAUUGCUAAUGUCAAGGACUAAUGGGUCAGUGAGACCACCUCCUAGAAAAUUCACGUCAAUCAUGAGCACUUCGUUACCGCCUAAGCAAAAGUCUCCUCUUGAAGAGCUGACUGGAGAAUAUGAUGGGGAAGGGAUUAUAUCUGAGUCUGAUUUAAGCAGUAUGCAGAGCAGUAUGGGUCGUUCUGGGGCUGAAGGAAGCACAGAAGAGACUGAGACAUCAAGUUUAGCAGGAAGUAGACCAUACAACAGAUUGGGAGAAGAUUUACUAAGGAUGUUUUUAGAGGAGAUCAAUCCAGAUGUAACGAUCGACGUAGGUGGUCGUCGCAUAAGAGCUCAUAAAUGUAUAUUAAGUUCUCGUUGUCAGUACUUUGCGGCGAUUCUUAGUGGUGGAUGGAUCGAGAGUGUGGGAAAUGUUAUUUCUCUGCAAGGAUACUCUUAUGAUGCGGUACAUUUUGCAUUGUGCCACAUUUACAGCGGAGAAAGUAAUAUACCAGAUUCUAUAAGCAUAGUUGAACUUGCAACGCUAGCUGAUAUGUUAUGCUUGGAAGGUCUUAAAGAAAUUAUUGGGUAUACGCUUAAAGUUAAAUAUUGCCACUUGUUUCACAAGCCUUGCCAAAUAUGCGCUGUUGGUGUAUUAGAGUGUAUGCCUCUGGCAGCAGCUUAUGGCCUUGACGAAGUGUAUCGAAAAUCUCUACGAUGGGUUACGAGGCAUUUUGUACGAAUUUGGCCAUGUAAAGCUUUCGCGACGCUUCCAAAAGAACUUAUGGCAAAGUGUUAUCAUCAGCAUAUUGUACACAUGUCUACUGAUAAUGUGCUCCAAACCAUGAUGGAUUGUGAUAAACUGUUGGCAACUCUACCAAACGUACGUUGGGCUGAACCUGUGUUCAGAAUGGUAUCGAAUUUAUUGGAAACAUCGGUGAAAUUCCUAUCGGACAAUUUCUCAGGAGUACUAGGAAAUGAAAAUUUCCAAUCUCUUGGACGAGAAUUAACGUGGAACAUAAGCCGUUUGGAAGAUAACUUCUUGGCGGCUGCAGAACGGUUGCCGCCCGAACAGGCGUGCAAGAGUUAUUCAAAAUUGCAUAAAAUGUUAGCGUCGGUUCAACAGGACGAAGCCCAAGAAAAGAUUAAAUGGGGUCCACUGUUUAUUGAUUUCUUGAAAAAGAUUCAGAGUCGAGUAGAGAAAUGUUUGGUUAGAGACGCAGCACGCGCCGCGAGAACAACUAUGUGGUUAAAAAUGGACCUCGAACUUCGACGCAGGAUACAGGAGUUGGCUUGCCUUGUAAUUUUACCUCGGGAGACGAUAAAACGUCAGCCGAAACAUCCUAACUUCGUUAAAGAACCUAGACCAACAUCAAGUCGUUCCAUGACGAAUCGAAGCUUAGAUUUAAAACGCGUGAAAAUGGUUAUAUCCGAGCAUAAUCAUAAAACUUUGAAACAAAUGGCAGUGGUUCAACAACAGCAAACGAAAAAAGUAUUUAACAAGCCGAAGAGCGAUCCACUUGAACGUAAAAUGCAAACUGAUAAACCUACCACAUCGGAUACAACUCGACCAAAAUCGUGGCCCAAUAAAUUAGAGGUGAAAUCAAGGUACUUGGAACCUAGAAAUAAAUCUGUUCCUAAAGAGACCACGCAACCGCCGCAACAAGAGAAGGUAAUGGUACAACAACGACGGAAAAUAAUGAUUUCGUCUUCAGAUUCAUCUCGAACGUCUAGUCCGGCAAUGAAACGUGCUACCGAUAAGAAACCACUGGCCAAGAUAAAGUUGCCUAUUAAAAAGGACGUGAAAGCUCUUUCUUCGGAUAGUUUAACCGAAUCGAACGCUAGUAGAACAAAUAACAAAAAAGAUUCAAUCAGUAAGAGUUGUGGCAUUACACGUCCAGAAUCGCCGUCAUUCAAACAAAAAAAUACAGAAAUAGGUUUAUCCGUAGAUUCGUUAGCAGAGUCGAAGAACAAGCCCGUAGUCGUUAAAAAGAAGCCGAACAAGAUGGAUACCUCGAUGUCCACUGAUAGUCUGAUGACUGAGAUAACAACAACGCCCAAAUCAAACACGUCAAACAAACUUUCACCGACUUUAGGAAAAACUACGAACAAAGCGCAAGCUUUCGACAAAGGAGCGAAGAAAAAUUCACCGCCUAUGCAGCAAAGAAGUCCACUGACAGCGGCGAGGAGACCACGAAGAUCCUUGGAAAGUUCGACUGCAGCUAGUAGAAGCAGAGCUGCAGCCAUAAGUGCUUACCAUUUGCGAAGAAAUCUUUUAGACGCUGCAAAGACACCGGACGUCCCGAGUAAGUCAUUGAAUAAUGUGUCGUAUAAAACUGCAAACGCUCGGCCGGUUACGCAAUCCACGGUUAAUCACCCUAGCGUGACGAGAGAAAAGAAAGAAUCGGUGUUGAAUCAACAGGGCUCCGAAAGCCCUAGCAAAAGAUCUUCCCCUAAAUCGUCUGGCACUAAUAAAAUAAGUAAACCCGCUGUCGUUAACAAAAGAGUAACCGCUAAUAGUAAAACAUCCUCUGAUGAAAAAGUUAAAAACAAGUGCCAUAACGGGGAAGUCCCGAAACAACCUACGGUGGGUUCUAGAUCGGGUACCUUUUUGAAAGACGAGCCCACAAUACUUAAGAAAGCGGAUAUUAAAUCUUCUCAGAUUAACACUUAAAUACACAGACUGGUCGCUAUGUGUGUUUCUGUUCAUACAUCGCGCCGUUAGUUUUACGAAUUAUAUUAUUAAAGAGAAAUGAAACUAUCGUAUUUAACCGCGAAACGUGAUAAUUCUAACCGCGGACCCGUACUAUGUGUAAAAAUAGAAUUAUAUAAUUUUAAUUUGAAGCAAGUUGCAGUUGAUAUUAAUAAUCAAAAGGAAUAUAUUUGAAAUGCAUUUAUUAGAUAUAUAGAAAAAUGUGCUAUGAUUUUGUUGUAACGUUGAAGGUAAUUAUGAAACAUGGCACUAGGAGUACGCAAACUAAAGUCGUUUUUUUGGGUUAUCUUCGAUUAUAUGGCAAAGUGGGAAUGUUAGAGACGUCUUAAGUAUUGAUUGCAUUCGAUUAAACUAUUACACGACUAGGAUGUCUUUGAAAAGUAUCACGAUCACAAACGCAGCUAGCUUAAUAUCCCACCCAAUUUUCAACCAAUGUGCGCAUUAAUAUGUCAUAGUAUUACACACUGCAUAUUUAUAGAUCGUAGAUGUAACAUGGCCAGUUAUACGUACGAUACAUUUAGAUAGAUCUUUCUUUCUUCCACAUUAAAGAGCCAUAUCAUCCGUAAUUAUCUCGUAGAAUUAUUUACUAAUUUGAUUAAUUGCAGAAUGUGUAAAGUAACUUUUUCUUACCAUUUAACGUUGCCAUUUUACCAAUUAAUACUUGUAAGUAGAACUCCGUUUAUCCUCCAUGCGAUUCUUAUUGAUGAAUUAUAAGUAGUUAUUGUAUUUAUUUAUUAAAUUUAUAUCUCUAUUUUGCAAUGUACAUUUUUAUGCAAUAUUUGUAUCUAGUCAUUUAUAUUUUAAAUAUUUACUUUUAUGUAAUGUUAAUAAAUAAUUCGAUAUAAUGUUAACAAAUGACUUAAUUUUUUAGGAUCAUUACUUUUUAAGAAGGUUUGGUACAAUAAAAGAAUAUAAGUUGAAACUCA